GGAGCAGUGGAAGAGAGAGAGAGAGAGAGAGAGAGAGAGAGAGAGAGAGAGAAAGAGAGAGAGAGAGAGAGAGGAGGAAUUGCUGAAGAAUCAGACCAACUACGACAAAACCCUCAGAGUCACACAGGGUCUGCGAUAACGACGUAGGCAUGAUGAUCAGCGCAUCCAUCGCGCGCCAGAGCAAGUUGGUGAAGAGACUCGCCGGCGCGUGUGAAGCUUUCAACCAGCAGCGCUGAAGGCUCCUCAGCUCUUAUAAAGUACAUUGGUGUCGAAAGCGAUGGUGUGCGCGUAAUUUCAGCACUUGAUUCAAAGACAGCUCUCGUGUUCCGUCUUGCCUCUUUGGACUCAAUCUCAAAAGCAGUUAUUUUCAGUAGUUUCCGAACACUCUUGCACGUAUAAACAUUAGAACUGUCAUCAUAUUUCUUGUGUUCAUCUAACUGAGAUCCAUAGUCUGGGACCUUCACUAAAUAUGUACCAGGGGCAUUUGCAGGGGAAAGACUCUAGGGCUGCAGAUAAGACCGUUGCCAUGGUCCUGAAGGAGAUACCCAAUAAGGCAUCCUCAGAAGGCAAACCCCUCCUCACGGUGACAAACAAGCUGGUGAGUGAGCAACAAGAGAGCCGUCCCUUGCUGAGCCCUUCCAUCGAUGAUUUCCUCUGUGAGACCAAGUGUGAUGGAGCUGCCUGCCCAGUAACCUCCAACACAGCAGUUCUGUCCUCCUCUCUGGACCUGCUGGAUCUUAGUGAACCUGGUGAGAGAAGACACAGCAAAGACAGGAAGAGCCCGCUUUCUUCUACGGGCACACCAUACAGGAAGAAACCUGAUGAAACAGAGCUGAUCCAGGUGGACGUUAAACAGAGUAAACCCUGUUCCCGCACACCUGACAAAGUUUCAUUGGACCCAGUAGCAGUUCCAUCUUCUUUGGAGAAAUGGGAAGAACUCAACCCUCAUCCAGAGCGAAGUGGUAGUAGAAAGUGGAAACUUGAAAGAAGACGUUCAUCAAAGAAUUCUGGGGAAUUUGUGUGGUCUAUGGAUUGCAAGACUCUAGAGACAGUCCCCAGGAACUCCCUGGAAGUAAUCAAUAAAGUAGAGGCAGAGGCUGUGCCAGUAACUCAACUCAACAGGCAAUAUGUUAGUGGAAGACAUGGCCGUUUGAGCAAAGACCAAAGGUGGGGUAGCACACUCCUGUCCAGAAACCAGUCUCUGGAGGAAGAGUUCGAGAGAGCCAAAGCAGCAGUGGAGUCAGACACAGAGUUUUGGGAUAAGAUGCAAGCGGAGUGGGAAGAGCUUGCUCGCAGGAAUUGGCUAACAGAGAAUGAGCAGCCACAGAUUCCCUCCAAUGUGUCGCCUUAUGAAAAGGGAUACUACUUCCAUACUGAUAACCCUUUCAAAGACUGGCCAAAUGCGUUUGAGGAGGGAUCACGGAAGUCAAGAGAGGGAGACCUGCCUAACGCUGUGCUACUUCUGGAAGCUGCUGUCUUGCAGGACCCUCAGGAUUCAGAGGCUUGGCUGGUGCUGGGAACCACACAAGCAGAGAAUGAGAAUGAGCAGGCAGCAAUUGUCUCCCUCCAGAGGUGUCUGGAACUCCACCCCAACAACCUCCAGGCCCUCAUGGCCCUGGCAGUGAGCCUGACCAACACAGGCAUGAGGCAGGAGGCGUGUGAGGCACUGCUGGGCUGGAUAAGGCACAACCCCAAAUACAAACAUCUUCUGAAGAACCGCACGCACCUGCAGGGCUCACCUGGAUCACGGAGACUCUCCUGCCCCUCCUCAACUGGCUGCACUCUGCUGCCUGACGUGAAGGAGCUCUUCCUGGAUGCUGCCCAGCAGAAUUCGGACACUAUCGACCCAGACCUGCAGACAGGGUUGGGUGUGCUGUAUAACCUCAGCUCUGAGUUCAACAAAGCAGUGGAAGUCUUCAAUGCUGCACUGUCAGUGCGGCCUGAGGACUACUUGCUGUGGAAUCGGCUUGGAGCAACGCUGGCUAAUGGAGAUCGCAGUGAGGAGGCAGUGGAGGCCUACACCAGAGCCCUGGAACUGCAGCCUGGCUUUAUUCGGUCACGUUACAACCUGGGCAUCAGUUGCAUUAACAUGGGUGCUCACAGGGAGGCAGCCAGUAACUUCCUGACAGCUCUGGGUCUGCAGAGAAAGAGCAGGAGUCGGCAGUUUUCACACCAGGUCAUGUCUGGAAACAUCUGGGCAGCCCUGCGCAUAGCACUGUCCAUGCUGGACCAGCCUGAGCUUUUUCAGGCUGCCAACAUAGGGGACCUGGACUUACUCAUGAGAGCUUUUAACCUGGAUAUGUGAGCAAGCAAACUCUUUAAACAUGGUGAAAAAUCCAAAGUCCUUUAAGAGAAGAACUUUGACGAAAAGCCAAAACAUGGAACAGACAAAUAACUUUCUUCUCCACAGAGCACCUUUACAUUCCAGAGAACUGUGAGUGCUGGAUGAUACUAUUUUAAUGGAUUUGCACUGCAGUUUAUGAGUUCACUAAAGAGCACAAUGCUGGGUGAAGAUUUUAUGAGUAUGCCUUAGAGAAAAUAUCUGCUAGACCUGCAAUUUAACCAGUGGGAGCCAGUGGAAAACGUGAUUAGUCUCUGAAAUUGUCAAUUCCACAAUUUACUAGAGGAAACCAUGUGCAAGAAAAACAUUGUUUGAAUUCUCAGAUGACUUCCUCAAUCAAUAAUGACUUGAUUAGAAAUGUACUUCAUACAUCUAUUCAAUUGCACUCUUUAUUUGAGACGGUGAAGAUGGUGGGGCUAUUUUAGAAGAUACUGAAGAAGUAUUUUGGGUGGCACUAGUCAAACCCUGGACACUCCACACCUGAUCUUUGCUGCAUCAUCCCUUUAUUUCUUGGAGCUUGCAGACCAGAUUACAAAGCCUUACUUAUCCUGCAUGUGAGAUAUAAUAUAAAAAUAGAGAUGUUAUUAGUUAGCAUGUUAGUAUGAUAUCAGAUAGGAGCCAUUCCUUGCCAUAUUUUGACCUCCUGAUAUAACUGAACAAAAAUCUAUAUUCCAUCAAGAUCUUUUUCUGAAACAAACCGUUUCUUAAAAAAUGUUAUAUUGAUUAUUUUACUAGAGACACACAUGAUGCAGGGAAUUCUGAUUUACUGCCCCUUUUGCCUGAAUUUACUGCCUGGAUUUCACCAGAUAAAAAGUGUCUCUGUUUUGAAAGAAAACUGCCCAAACUGUAAGCCAAACCCUUUCAAUUUUAGUUUUUCAGAGUGCAGCGUCAUAUUUUAUACUCAAAUACAUUCAAUAGGCACUUUUCCACCAUCGUGCCGAACGCUUCUCGUUGCAAAACCGUGCUGUUCCGGGCCAGUCGGCACAAUUACGGUUUUAUUUUUCACUGUGGUGCUGUGAAAUCAGGAAUCCACGUAACAAAUAUGUCAGUUGGCGACGGCAUGAGAGGUAAACAUUGGAGCGAGUGCGCUUUGGGAGAUGAUCACAUAUUAUAAUUUUUUUUGUUGUUGUUUUGUUUUUUUACAAGGUUGUGUAUGUCACCGGACAUAAACAUGCUGAAAGGUAAAAGUUCCUAAAAGGACAUUUAUUGACAAUAUUAUAUGAGUAAUAUAUUGAUAUAUUAUGAGUUAUGAGCUAGCUAGCAAUCUACCUCCUGACGAAAAAGGUGUGUAGAAAAAUAAUGUACCAUACUGGCAUACUAGUAAAAACUAUCAUUAUAAAAUCAUGAAGAUAAUUAUAUCAACUUCACCAAAUAUUAAUAACGAACUUGGCCAGCUACCUAUAAACAACUGAGAUACCUUGGCAAUCGUGAGUGAGUCACCAUGUACAGUUUACUAAAACCAUUCCACCAGCACAGUUGAGCACAGUUAGCUAAAGCCCAAAGUAUACUUCGGUUUUGACGUGAACGCUUAGCGUCUGCAUACAGUCGAAUGCUAGCCUUUCAAAGUAUACUUCAUUGGAGCAUGCGCGCUAUAACUGCUAUUAGAUACUGGUCUAUUUCUCUUUAGGAGUUUAGACCCAUAAAAAUGUCUUUAUAUUCAUAUUAUAUUGUAUAACUCGAGUUAUACAAAUGCUGGUAUCUCCUGACUUCCUCACACAUGUGCUUUUGACUUGCACAUCCACUGUUGUUGUUGUUUCCACCUUUUUGUCCUGAUGUUAAGCGGUAUUACAUUUUCUAGCACUUCUUCAUGAAAGCAACGGCUUAAUUGUGAGAACUGCCACAUUGUGGACCCACUAAUUAUACCAAAUAAUUCCAGGCCCAUGUGCAUUCUGCACAUUCAGAGUAUGUGCGGUUAGAAAAAUCGGGCCGCACUUAUUCUGAGCUCGAGCACUCUGCUGAUGAUGAAAUUUGUGUCACACUUCCUGUAUGCAGACAUAUCGGAGCACUUGCCAAUAUCCUGUUGAAACUUAAUUUAUUAAUAUAUUAAUAAUAAGGGGGCCUGGGUAGCUCAGUGAGUACUGAUGCUGACUACCACCCCUGGAGUCAUGAGUUUGAAUCCAGGGUGUGGUGAGUGACUCCAGCCAGGUCUCUUAAGCAACCAAAUUGGCCCAGUUGCUAGGGAGGGUAGAGUCACAUGGGGUAACCUCCUCGUGGUCGCAAUUAGUGGUUCUCGCUCUCAGUGGGGCGCGUGGUAAAUUGUGCGUGGAUCGCGGAGAGUAGCAUAAACCUCCACAUGCUGUGAGUCUCCGCAGUGUCAUGCCCAGCGAGCCACGUUAUUAGAUGCACGGAUUGACUGUCUCAGAAGCGGAGGCGACUGAGACUUGUCCUCCGCCACCCGGAUUGAGGUGAGUAACCGCGCCACCACGAGGACCUACUAAGUAGUGGGAAUUGGGCAUUCCAAAUUGGGAGAAAAGGGGAUAAUAUAUAUAUAUAUAUAUAUAUAUAUAU